AUGUGUUUUUUGCGAGUCCGUCUACUCGUUCUCUUCCUUCUAGCGUCGCUCCUGCUAUUACUCACCUCACCAUUGGCUGCCCAACUUCGUCUACUCCUCCAAAUGCCCUUCAUCUGGCAAACCUCUGCAGCCGACUCCAUUAUCUCACAUGACCGUGACGGCUUCGAUGUCACGUUUCGUGCCUACGAUGGCCAACAACCCCCUUCAGAACUCCACCAUCCGGUUCCAAUUCCCGCGACGCUCCAUCACGUCCACCUGGGAGGCACAGCUCUCCGACCAGAAUGGCUAGCCGCUAGGGAAGAAUGUCUGCGGAUCCAUCCCGGAUGGAAAACACACACCUGGGACGACACAACAGCCAAUCAAUUCGUGCGGGACCACUUCCCCAAUCUCCAAGAUACCUGGAACAACUACCCAUACCUCGUCCAGAAGGUAGAUGCGUUACGCUAUAUGAUCCUGUACAUACACGGAGGUGCGCACGCCCUUCCCAAACAUGACGCGACUUGUGCGAUCUUAGACCUUGAUCUCGUCUGUAAGCGAUCGCUCGAACCACUGCGCAGGUUCGACUUUGUCGCGCCCGCUGCCUAUCCCGCCGGCUUCUCUAUCGGCAUGCUCCUUUCCAGUCCGAAGAACUCAUUUGACGAUUUAUACUACCCAGCCGAAUCGAACGUCCCUCCGUAUCUUGUCCGGUCCGCCCGAUCGUCCGAAUAUGCAUAUGCUGAAUGGGUUCGUGGAUACCCCGCUCUUCCGGCAUUUGGGGACGUCGUCGUGGCAUGCGAAUGA